AUGCAGAACUCUAAGGCAGCAGCAGCCAAGAAGCAGAAGCUUAAGGGAUGCAGUGCCUUGUGCUGUAGCUGUAGGCUGAGUGUUUCGUCGUCUUCAGAAGAAGCUGAAAGCUCCAGUUCUGGUAGAUAUCCGACUAUUUCGAGCUUAACACAUGCUAUGGUGCAAGAGAGGUUAGACAGGAUGAUUAGAGAAAGAGAAGAGGCGAAAAAUGAAGAGAUGAGGAGAAGGAGGAGGAGGGCGGAGCGAGAUGAGAAGACAAAGUUUAUAGUGAUGAUAGCUAUGGAGAAAUCAUCUUAUGAUCCAAGAGAGGAUUUUAGGGAGUCAAUUGAACAGAUGAUAAUUGCAAAUAGGAUUUGUGAUCCUAAAGAUUUAAGGAGACUUUUGAAUUAUUAUGUUUCUAUGAAUGCUGAGGAAUAUCGUGGUGUUAUACUUGAAGUGUUCCAUCAAGUUUGCACAACUUUCUUCUUAUCAUGUAAACAACCUUCAUCUCAUCAAGUAUAA